AUGGAGAAUCUGAAGCAGUCUUCGAAGAGUGGAAAAACAGUGAAAGGUAGUGCGAAAAUGGAAUGCGGGCACGUUAAACGCUUCGGCGUUUCGCGCUUACUCACCUUUUCGGGUGUAGCCAUCAUAUUGAUUCUACAAACUUGUUAUGCUCAAAACGCACAAGCUCAAGGAGUUAACCUUGUUCCAUUCGGUCCGGAAGCGGGCGACCAAGAAGUACUUCCGGGCAUGCUGACCGGAGGUCAAACGAUCGACAUGCACAUGUUUUUCCCAUUUUAUGGUGGAUUAUAUAACUAUUCAGUGUUAUCUGUGAACGGUUAUAUCGCUUUCGCAACUGUGCUCGACCAAGGACCCACAAUCAACGUUGGCGUUGAAAAUACAGACUGGCCACAACAACAAGAUCCCGCAAUGAUUGCGCCAUACCUUUGUAAACAACAGAUCGACCAAAAUCCAACUCCAGGAAUGCACGCAGGUGUUUUCUACAGACUGAUGUUGCGACAGUCAUUGUUUGGACGAGGAUCUGACUCGAACAUAAACUAUGGUGGUGUAAGCGGUACGGGCAGUAUGCAUCAGUCGAGUUUCUUCUCGCAAAAACCAUGUGACGCCUGCCCAAGUACUUCGGAUGCGUACGUUCACUGUAAUCAGCAAGGCGAUUACUUCCUCGACGAAAUGAUGCGAUGGCUUCAAGGUAAACAUAAUUCUUUCGUUUCUGCAUUUCCAACUCCCUUUUCCGGCUGUUUAAAAUCUUAA